AUAAUAUUUCAAUAGACUUAAUUAAAAACAAUAAUAAUUAUCAAUAAGAUUUGAAGAGGACAUCCAUUUUUAUAAUAAAUUUUUAAAUUACCAAAAUAUUUGUCCUUAAAAUGAACCAAUUUACUAUGUAUGAGAAUCCUCCUUCUGAAAUAACUUGCAAAAGUUGGUGUAUUUAUUCUCUCAAAGAGUUGUAAGUAAUAUGUGGAGCUAAUUAAAAUAUGUAAUUACAAAUUGCUUCGUUGACGAAAAUGAUGACUUAUAUCGUAGUUCUCCGAUUUUGCAAGAAGCAUCAGAUAGAUAUUGAUAAUCUUUAGUUUGUGGUUAGCAGAAACGCAUCAGCAAUUUUAGGAACAUCUUCUGGAUUGAAGGUAGGCGAUUAAAUAUCAAUUCGAGACUUACUCUUUUGCUUAAUGCUACCUAGUGGGAACGAUGCAGCUCUAUGCUUAGCUGAAAAUAUAGGAUCUCUUCUAUAUAAAAUGCAGAAAGGUCUGGUUAAAUCAGCUUAUGUAAUAAGAAAUUUAAAUAUUCUGAAUAUAUAAAAUGAAUCUACUGCAAUUUAAUCUUGCUCUGUAAUGAGUUUUGUUAAUGAAAUGAAUAAUAUGGCUUAAGAGUUAGGGUUGAAUGAAACUAAAUUUUCAAAUCCUCAUGGAUUACAUGAUAAAGUAAAUGUUUCUUCUGCGAAAGAUAUGGCAAUUCUAACAAGAGAGAUUAUGAAGGAAGAUAAAUUUACUCUUUAGUUAUGCCAAGCAAAAAGUUAUUAAUUUGAAGUUAAAAAUUAAAUUGACAAUACAUGUAGGUAAAUUAAUUUGGUUAAUACAAAUAAACUGCUAGAGAAGCCAGGUUAUUUUGGAAUGAAAACAGGUUAUACAAAUUCAGCUGGUGGCUGUUUGGCUUCAUUGUUUAAAUAAUAUGAUAAAAUUAUGGCUUAAACAGUUGAGGUUAUAAUAGUUGUCCUAAAAUCAGACUCUAUGGAAAAUAGGUUUGUUGAUACUUAGUUAUUAGUGGAAUGGUAUUUUAGAUAACUGAAUCAUAAAAUAAAAGAGAGAUGCAAAUUCUAUGAAUAAUCAUUUAAAUAAAUGGCAUCCUUACCAAGUUGAUAAAAAUAACUUAAAAAUAUCAAAUUUAAAUAUUUACAUCAACGGAUUUUUGUUCUAAUGAAUUUUUUUCUUUGAGGAAAUAACUUUGAGAUAAGACAAAAAUAAGAUAAAUUAACAAAUUAAAAAUUGAAAUAAAAUUUAAAUCAGUUGGCAAAAGACUAAAAAUAAAUAUUUGCUAAAAAAAGUAGUAAAUAAAAUUCAAAAUUUAGAUAGAUA